UAUUCACAUACUAAUGUAGUCCAAUAUAUUUUAGUCAAACAGGAAUAUCAAUAUGAGAUAUUUGUUAAAGUUAAUAUUGUUAGUUUUAAUAAUUACGUCUGUACUUGCUGAUAUUUAUUACGAUUAUGUCGAUUCGACAGUUAGUGAUUUGGACAAAGAGUGGGAGCUUUUCAAGGAUAAAUUUAAUAAAAGUUAUUCGAAGUUUAACGAUUAUACAAGACGAAAAGCAUGGGAAGAAAAUUUGGAAAAAAUCAGAAAGCACAAUGAGGAAGCUGCUCGUGGACUUCACUCAUUUACGAUUAAAGAGAAUCAUCUAACGGAUAUGUCUAAUUACCAGUAUUUGACACACAUGAUAAAAUUAACGAAGAGCAGACAUAGGAAGGUUGAUCCAGAAGAGGUCGGAGACAUUUAUGGUUCAGUUUUGGACAUACCAUCAGAAAUUAAUUGGGUUGAAAAAGGAUUUUUAACUCCCGUUUAUAAUCAAAGAGAUUGUGGAUCUUGUUAUGCAUUUAGCAUAGCCUCAGCUAUUCAAGCUCAAAUUUUCAAAGAAACGGGAAAAUUAAUACCAUUGAGUGAACAACAAAUAGUAGAUUGCAGCUCAUCAUUUGGAAACUAUGGAUGUGCAGGAGGUUCGUUAAGGAAUACACUAAGAUACAUCGAAAAAGCUGGAGGCCUCAUGGCGUACACGGAUUACCCUUAUGUAUCAAAGAAACAAAAAUGCAAGUACAAAAAUCACCUGACUUUGGUUAAUAUUACUUCUUGGAGUGUAUUACCAGCACGUGACGAAAGAGCAUUAGAAGUUGCCUUAGCUAAAAUAGGACCUGUGGCUGCUUCAAUUAAUGCUAGUCCACAUACAUUUCAACUAUAUCAUAAAGGUAUCUACGACGAUAAAUCUUGCUCUUCAAAUCAUGUGAAUCACGCCAUGCUUGUUGUGGGUUAUACUAAAAAUUUCUGGAUUCUGAAAAAUUGGUGGGGAAAGCAUUGGGGAGAAAAUGGAUAUAUGCGAUUGAGAAGGAAUAAAAAUCGUUGUGGAAUAGCGAAUUAUGCUGCCUAUGCAUUGGUUUAAUAUAAUAAUUUUUUCCACA